UCAAACGGUUUAUGUGGAUGUAUGAUGAUAUUUAUUGUUGGAUGCGUAAAUUGUAGACGAUAUAAACAUACUUUAAAUAGCUAGUUACAAGUAACUUUUGGGUCUCAGCAAUAUUAGAGAGUGUAUCAACAAAUGUGUCAGUUUUGAAGGUCAAAAUAGUAUCGCCCUAAAAAUCACAGAUUAAAACAUUCUUCCCUUUUCAGUUUUAAUCUUAAUUCCAUCCGUUGACAAAGUAGGCAAUUGGCGUCUUCCCUGAACAACCAUGUUUUUAGAGACUUCUCUGAGUAUGUAUGUAUGUAUGUAUAUAUAUGUAUGUGUGUAUUAUAUAAAAAUCUUUUCUACUUUGGUAAUUGAUUAACUAAUUAAUUAAUUGCUAUUUGCUUCAGCUGCUUCUCUAUUCUGAUUAAAUUAUGCUCCACAGUUCGAAACCAGACAAAGAGAGUUGAUAACUUGUGUAUUACGUUAAUCAUCCUACUCCCAUGUUACCCUUCCUAAUUUGGAACAUAUCUUAAUAUGGUGUUUGUGUGAUUUCCUCUCUCUUUCUCUCUCUCUCUCAGUUCACAUUUUGGAAAGAGUUGAAAUUAACAAUCUUCAAUGAUUGUGGCAAUAUAUGAGACUUUCUCGAAUUAUUUGGAAUGACUUCUGUGUAAGAUUCCUCACCAUUGACCCUUUGAUUGUCUGCAGGGAUGAAUAAAGAUAAUGGCCAUUUGCAAUUGAAUAGCUUUUUCUUGAUUUAUAGCAGAAUGAAUAAAGAUAAUGGCCAUUUGCAAUUGAAUAGCUUUUCCUUGAUUUAUACCCAUGUGCUUCGUUUGAGUUUCGUUUUUAUAUCUACAUCUUCGAAGACUUGGCUGGCGGAGAGAUUGAAGGGAGAGGAGAGCCAUGGUGAAGUUCUUGUGGAUUGGCAUUGUAACAGCACUUGUGUUCAGAACUUGGGUUGAUGGGUUUGUGGAAGAGAAGAAUCUUGAUGAGACGGUGCCAUCUUUGUCGGAGACCAAUGGAAGCUCCCAGGCUUUUAAUGACACACUACUCAUGGUAGAGCUAACACUCGUCAAAGAAGCUGCAGCUAAAGGAGCAGUCUGCUUGGAUGGAACAGCACCUGCUUAUCAUUUACAUCAUGGAUAUGGAUCGGGAGCGAACAGUUGGCUCAUUCACCUUCAGGGAGGAGCAUGGUGUAACGACACCAAAAGUUGUUCUAACCGCACAACUUCACUUUUCGGAUUGGGAUCAUCAGCGUACAUGGAACCAUAUAUGGCAUUUUCUGGAAUACUAAGCAAUCAAUCUGAGGAAAAUCCCGAGUUUUUCAACUGGAAUAGAGUAGAGCUCCGCUAUUGUGACGGUGCUUCAUUUUCUGGGGACAGCGAACGUCAGGAAGCAAAACUGCAAUUUAGAGGACAGCGUAUAUGGUUAUCUGCAAUGGACGAUUUGAUGUCAAAGGGAAUGCGUGACGCGAAAAAUGCUCUUCUUUGUGGUUGCUCUGCCGGCGGUCUGUCAGCAAUUUUGCACUGUGAUGAGUUUCGGGGCUUGUUUCCCACAAGUACAAAAGUGAAGUGCCUGAGUGAUGCUGGAUUUUUUCUUGACGCGGUUGAUAUUUCCGGUGAACGCACACUGAGGGAUUAUUAUAGUGGUGUUGUAAGCUUGCAGGGGGUGCAAGAAAAUCUGCCGCGAUUCUGUACUAGUCACCUCGAUCCUACUUCGUGCUUCUUCCCGGAGAACUUAAUUGUGAACAUUACAACCCCGCUAUUUAUACUCAAUUCAGCAUACGAUUCGUGGCAGAUCAAUAACAGUUUAGUUCCACCAUCAGCAGAUCCGUGUGGCGAGUGGGAGAGUUGCAGAUAUAACCUUGCAAGUUGUUCUGCAUCACAGAUGCAAAUUCUGCAAGGAUUCAGGAAUCAAAUGCUGAAUGCAGUAAAACAAUUCUCAAUGCCUAAUCAAAAUGGGAUGUUCAUAAAUUCGUGUUUGGUGCACUGUCAAACGAAGGAAAGUGCAUUGUUUGCUCAUGAAUUUCCAGCUCUUGGAAACAAGACAAUUGGAGAAGCUCUUGGAGAUUGGUAUUUUGAUAGAUCAGAGGUUAAGGUUGUCGAUGAAACUUGCUGCGAUCUGGCUCUUGAAUGAUCAUUGUUUGAUCAAAUUAUUUACACGGUCAUUGUAUUGAGUUGUCUGCACUAUAAUACUACCCCUUCUGCUUAAUGAAAUAAUUUUGUAAUAAUUGAAAUCAAUAAAAUUCUACCAUCAAGGUUCAAAGACCAAAAAACAAAUGAAUGAAUUGGAUAAAAGACGGUAAAAGCGCCGGCAGAUGAUUGAACAAUAUUCUCAUUCUUCCAUGGUGACAACGGUCAGUAGUGCGGUGAUACCGGAUUCCUUGUCUGGAAGAUGUAUGAGUUCCUUGACUCCAGCACAGUCAAUCUCCCAUCGUGGUCUGGACACAAUUUCCCCCACUCUGCCGGAUACAAUUCAAACGGUUUACGUGGAAGUAUGAUGAUAUUUAUUGUUGGAUGCGCAUACAUGGCCUUUCUCAUCUAGUUCUAUGUACACGUUUCAGGGUUGAUUUGUAUUUUGACAUUCAUAAUUUAUAUAUGUAUAGAGAAAAUGGGGCCAAUUCUUAAGCAGAAUCCGUUCAUCUGUAGCUGGAGCAGGACUUUUGCAACAUUAAGAAGAGACGUACCACAGUAAAGUAGGCACAAUCAAAUCUCCAUUAUCCCAGUAAAGUGUGGAGAAAAUCAGGCCUCUUCCUAUACAAGCGGGAUCCAUGUCGAUAACAUAUCCGCAACUAUUGUAUUAGUAUGUAUACCGUUGACAAUAUGUUCUCCAUGUAGAUACCAAUGCAGCUACGAUUGAGUGGGAUCCCUCUAUAGAGAAAAGUAUCAAUCAAAACUUUUG